AUGCCUGCCUCUGUGCUUCUCCACGGCUCUCAGAGGCGUCCAGAUCUGCACCUGGUUGGCGACGAAGACUCUGUGUACGAGCAAGACAUCCUCCGCAACCCCGGAAGCAUCAAGCCAUGGCUCGCCUACAUACAUUUCAAGUCCCAGCAUGGGACCGUACACGAGCGCGCGUUUGUUCUUGAGCGUGCCUGUCUUCAGCUUCCACGAUCGUAUAAGCUUUGGAAGAUGUAUCUUACUUUUCGCGUUAACCACAUUUCAAAGCUGAACGCUGCUACUUUCUCGGCCGAAUAUCGAAAGGUCAACGCCUUGUUUGAGCGCGCGCUGAUUCUCCUGAACAAGAUGCCUCGGAUCUGGGAACUUUACCUCAAGUUCCUGCUCCAGCAACCGUUUGUUACGACCACACGACGAACUUUCGAUCGAGCCCUUCGUGCACUACCACUCACCCAGCACAACCGAAUCUGGGCCCUCUAUAAACCCUUCGUCAAUUCCGUUGCAGGAAUUAGCGCCGUCAAGGUUUGGCGCCGUUACAUGCAAGUCCAUCCCGAGGACGCCGAGGAUUUUAUAGAACUUCUCACGCAGGUGGGUUUCUUCACGGAGGCCAUCAAAAAGUAUAUGGACAUCCUCGACAAUCCGCGGUUUACGAGCAAGCAUGGAAAGGGGCAUUACGAGCUGUGGAGUGAGAUGGUUGACUUGAUGGUCGAACAUGCAGCCGAGAUUGAAACUGGCCACGAAACUGGCAUUGACGUCGACAAGAUAGUUAGGAGCGGUAUUGUCCGAUUUGCCGAUCAAAGAGGCAAGCUAUGGUGCGGACUGGCCACAUAUUGGAUACGGAGAGGCAGCUUCGAGCGCGCAAGAGACGUGUUUGAAGAAGCAAUCACAACGGUGAUGACGGUCAGAGACUUCACACUCGUUUUCGACUCAUACACCGAGUUCGAGGAGUCUAUUAUUGGAGCUCUCAUGGAGGUUGCUUCGGAUCGCGCUGACAAGGGUAUUACCGAUGAGGAGGCUGAUUUUGAACUCGACAUACGAAUGAUGCGCUUCGAGCAGCUCAUGGACAGAAGACCUUUCCUUCUCAAUGAUGUCGUCCUGCGCCAAAACCCAAAUAACGUAUCGGAAUGGGAAAAGAGGGUAGCCCUAUGGGGGGACAACAAGCUGGAAGUAGUUCAGACAUACACGGCUGCUCUCGCGACAAUACAGCCAAAGAAAGCCAUUGGGGCAUUCCACCAACUCUGGGCCAAUUACGCCAAAUUCUACGAGCGCGGGGGCGACCUACGAAAUGCCCGCAUCAUCAUGGAAAAAGCUGUUAAGGUGCCGUUCAAAUCGGUCGCGGAACUGGCCGACAUGUGGAUUGAAUGGGCCGAGAUGGAGCUGAGGAACGAAAACUUCGACGAUGCUGUUCGGAUCAUGGCCAAGGCGGUCCAGGCACCCAAGAGAUCAGCAGUUGACUAUUUCGACGAGACGUUAUCACCGCAGCAGCGCGUACACAAGAGUUGGAAGCUCUGGAGCUUUUAUGUGGACCUUGUCGAGAGUGUCAGCUCCCUGGAGGACACACGGAAGGUUUACGAACGCAUUUUCGAGCUGCGGAUCGCGACGCCGCAAACGGUGGUCAACUACGCUAAUCUGUUGGAAGAGCACCAGUAUUACGAGGAGUCGUUCAAAAUCUACGAACGUGGUCUCGAUCUCUUCAGCUAUCCUGUCGCCUUUGAGCUAUGGAACCUCUACCUGACAAAGGCUGUUGAUCGCAAGAUCGGCAUCGAGCGCUUGCGCGACCUUUUUGAGCAGGCCAUUGAGGACUGUCCACCCAAAUUCGCCAAAGUCAUAUAUCUCAUGUACGGCAACCUGGAGGAGGAGCGUGGCCUAGCAAGACACGCGAUGCGAAUCUACGAACGUGCGACAAGAGCGGUGGCGGACGAGGACCGGGCAGAUAUGUUCAACUUCUACAUCACCAAGUCGGCAUCCAAUUUUGGGCUGCCAUCAACGAGGCCCAUCUACGAAAAGGCCAUCUCCACUUUGCCCGACAACGAGGCACGAGACAUGUGCCUAAAGUUUGCCGACAUGGAGAAGCGUCUUGGCGAGAUCGACCGGGCACGGGCAAUUUACGGUCACGCAUCACAGUUCUGCGACCCACGCACCAGCCCAGAAUUUUGGGCAAAGUGGGAGUCGUUCGAGGUGCAGCACGGCAACGAGGACACUUUCAAGGAAAUGCUGCGGAUCAAGCGAAGCGUGCAGGCGCAGUACAACACCGACGUCAACUUCAUCGCGUCGCAGGCCCUCGCCCGUAGCCAGCGACGGCCGGAAGAUUCGGGCGACCCGGAGGUGGCUGAUGCCAUGGCAGCACUCGAGCGACAGGCAAAGGCCCCCAUAGGAUUCGUGGCUGCCAGCGAUGCCGCCAAAACGACUAGCACAACUGAGACACUACCAGCUGCAGCAACAAAUCCAGACGCUAUCGACAUCGAUGACCUUGACGAAUAA